UUAUGAUUAUUUGGAAGUAUAUCGAUAAUAAUCAUAAUCCAUAUAUAACCUAAAAUUUCUAUAAAAGUCGAUUAUUCGAAACGAAAUCUUCACCGGAACCGAAAGCCCGACGGUGAGACGGGAAAAAGUGGGAGAUUUGUAACGGAGAAUUGGAUUGAAGUGGAUCUUCCAAAUUUCUAUCACUCUGUUGCUGCCUGGGUUUUGUGAGAGAGGGAGAACGACGGUGAAGACUCUGUAGUCUGGAAAGCAAAUAAUAUCCAGUCAUUUACGCAGGAGAAAUUUCUGCCAAAACCUCUCUCUUCAUACACCUAUACUGCCUGCUAAAGCCUAUACAUUUAUAUAUAUAUACCUACUUCGCGGAAAGAGGGAGCCGUAUCAGUCAAACAACAACAACAACAAGAAGGAGAAGGUGAAAAACAGGAUAGCGAUGUGGAGGAGGAAGAAGAUGGAGCAUUGCUUCACCUUCUUCUUCUAUUGAUUCAUGGCAUCCUCUUCUCAACACCGCUGCGUUUUUGUUGGGAAUAUACCUUAUGAUGCUACUGAGGAACAGCUGAUCGAGAUCUGCAGGGAGGUUGGGCCUGUUGUCUCCUUCAGAUUAGUUAUUGAUAGAGAAACUGGGAAACCAAAAGGUUAUGGAUUCUGUGAGUAUAAGGAUGAAGAGACUGCUCUAAGUGCUCGUCGUAAUCUUCAGGGUUAUGAGAUCAAUGGCCGGCAAUUACGAGUUGAUUUUGCUGAAAAUGACAAAGGUGCCGACAGGAAUCGAGAACAGGGUCGUGGUGGGCCUGGACUGGUUGCCAAUUCUGAUUCUCAAAAACAACUUGGAGGCUCUGCAUUCUCUGGGGAAUCUGCUAAUCAUCAGCCAAUUGGUCUCCAUAUAGCCAUAACUGCUGCAAAUGUUAUGGCAGGUGCUCUUGGUGGUGCCCAGUCCAGUUUGCAGCCUAAUCAAAAUGGUUUGCAGAAUCCGUUGGCACCAACCAGUGAUCCCUUAACUCUGCAUCUUGCCAAAAUGUCUAGGAGUCAGCUCAAUGAAAUUAUGUCUGAAUUGAAGAUAAUGGCUACACGGAAUAAAGAGCAAGCUCGCCAGCUGUUGCUUGCAAGGCCUCAGUUGCUAAAAGCUCUUUUCCAGGCGCAGAUAAUGCUUGGAAUGGUGACACCGCUAGUGUUGCAGAUGCCUAACAUUCGGCAGGCUCCUGGUCAACUUACACAUAAUUCAAUGGAGGGUGCCCAGCAGUCGCAGCAGUCGGCACUUCAAACUCUUUCUGGACUACCCCCACUUGCACAGAAGUCAAUGCCUGGAUUGAUGCCCAAGGUGCAAGAUGUUCUAGUUUCUGCUUUGCCCCAAAACCCCCUCAUUCUUAACCAAUUUUCUGCACCUCCACAACCUACAAUUCAGCCUCGCAUUCAACUUCCACAACAAGCUGGAUUGGCCGGCCCGUCUGGAGUUCCAAAUCUUCCUGCUGUUGAUCCUCGUCCUAGGCCGCAAGUUCUUGUGCCAAAUUCCUCUUCUUUAAACCAGCAAAUACAAACUCGAUUACAACAUUCUGGACAAGUUGCUGCUGUCCAUAGUUUAGGUUAUAGCAGUCCCAUGGUUGUUCCAAAUGCUGCUUUACAGUCAUCUUUCCCUCGCCCUCCCUUUUCUGAUGCUGCCUUUCAGCCUGGCAAACCAAUAUCGUCAAGCUUGUUAGAGAAAACAAGCGUAGCUCGUGAUUCUCUAGAACCAAAAAAUCGACCUCAAAAACUGAUCAAAUCGGAUGGUGGAAGGGGAACCGCUUUUGUGACAAGAGGUUUGAAAGUGUCCAAUGCCACAGGGUCUGGACCCUCUCAAGCAUUUGGAGCUGGUCCAUUGUCUGUAAAUCCAGCUUCUAGGGCAGAACAAGUGAAAAAUUCUGAGGAACAUAUUUCUCAGCCAUCACUUCCACCUGAUGUAGACUCUGUACUAUUGCAACAAGUGCUAAACCUAACACCAGAGCAGUUGAAUUCCCUGCCCCCAGAACAACGCCAACAGGUCAUUCAGCUACAACAGGCACUUAGGCGAGAUCAGAUACAACCAUUGUGACAAGCAGGCUGUGGUGUGAGCCAUUAGCACAACAAUUAUGUUAUUUGGAGGCUUCAUCAUCCUAUGUUACAGUAGGAAGAAUGGAGGCCUUUCAUUUAUUCAAUACCCUUAUCUAAAUGCUUGUAGAAUGAUCUAAGUUCCAUAUCUGAAUCUGAUAAGCACAUGCAGUUGUACCAAUCAUGUAACAUUCAUGCGCCUCUUAGUAGAAUAUGCAAAAGAAUUAGUAAGAAAGGGAAAAGAAAAAAGAAAUUUUGUGUAA